UUUCGAUGGAGCACCCGCGAGUUCAGUAGCCGCCGUGCGGCCGCGUGCAUUCGUCGAGAUUUUCGGUUAGUUCGUAUCUUCUCUUAGUAAACGCGUAUUUUGACAGAAUAGUUUCCUAUACACAUAUACACAGAUAGACACCUAUAUAUAUAUAUAUAUAUCAUAAAGUUACGUGAAAAAUAUAUUCGUAGUGUCAUAGACACAAAGAGACCGCGAAAACAAGUGACAAUCGCCUUAUAUUACUCUUAUUCAAAGAGAGCUAAGAAUGUGUUGUCCGUGGCUUUGUUAAAACUUUUCAAAAGUCGACCGUAAAUUUUCCUUUUAUUUUCUUUACUUUUCUUUUUUUUUCUUCCUUUUUUUUCUUUUUUCUUUUUCCCUUUUUCCGUCGUGCGCGUUGCAGUGUUAAACAGAAAAAGAAUAAGAAAAAGGAAGGAAGAGGAAGAAGAGGAAGAUUGAAAAGAAAAGGGACAAAGACUAGUGCAUGAGAAAAGUUAAGAAACGUAUAACCGAUUCUUGGCGUAGUUACAACGACGGAAGUCAUCAUAUCGAACGUGUUCGUACGUGUCUUCUUUCACGAAGAAGAAUUUUCAACGAGAUCUUCAACGUCUUUACAAACAUCGUCAGCAUCCGAGUGUUGAGCUUCAAGAGACCCCGGAGGAUAUCGUCCUAGUCCGUUCUGUAUUUAAUUCCAUCAUCAAUAUGGAUGCGCAAACUGAGUUAUCCAUCGACAACGGAAAAUACUGGAACGAUUAGAUUUUCCCAUAGUGGAUCGAUCUCGUGACGAUGUCAAUGAACGCAACGGCAGGUACUAUUCUCGUCGAUCAAGAGAUCAAUCGAAUACUUUUGGAACGGGCACAAGAAUGUUUCGAGCAACAAUCCGCAAAUACCACUUCUCCGCCAGAGCCCUUCUGUCCUACGACAUUUGAUGGAUGGUCCUGUUGGCCGGACACACCAGCCGGAUCUACCGCUUACAUUCCUUGUCCCGAUUUCAUUACAGGAUUCGAUGCAUCGUUGAAGGCACAUAAAUAUUGUGAUACAAAUGGCACCUGGUUUCGGCAUCCAAUCUCCCACACAAUCUGGAGCAAUUACACGACUUGUAUCAAUAUCGAAGAUCUAAUUUGGCAACAAGGUAUCAAUGGCAUCUACGAAGUAGGAUAUGCCAUAUCAUUAGUGGCUCUACUAUUAUCGCUAGCGAUUCUCACAUAUUUUCGAUCGUUGAGAUGCGCUAGGAUAACUCUGCACAUGAAUCUAUUCGUUUCGUUCGUCCUUAACAACGCAUUAUGGUUGAUCUGGUACAGAUUCGUUGUAGCUAAUACAAAUCUUUUAUUAAACAAUAGCAUAAUAUGCCAGUUGUUACACAUCCUUCUUCAUUAUUUCCUAUUGACGAAUUACGCAUGGAUGCUUUGCGAAGGCUUUUAUCUUCACACAUUACUCGUUCUAGCGUUUACAAGUGAGCACAGAUUGGUGAACUGGCUUAUGGCACUUGGUUGGUCGAUGCCAGGGAUCAUCGUUACCAUUUAUGCCAUUUUAAGAGCCACAAGCUACGAUCCCGUAGACACCGAACAAUGUUGGAUCAACGAAGGCAAUUACAUGAGUGUGUUGGUCUAUCCGGUAUGCGUGUCGACGUUGUUGAACGUUCUAUUUCUCUUCAACAUCGUACGCGUUCUUCUAAUGAAAUUGCGUGCUGGUCCAGCGAUAGGAACGAGACCGUCGAGAUCGAUGCUUCAAGCUUUCAGAGCAACGAUGUUAUUGGUACCACUUCUUGGCCUUCACUAUCUAGUCAUUCCGUUCAGGCCACCGAAGAAGCACCCUUGGGAACACGCUUACGAAGUUAUUUCAGCGAUUACAGCCUCUUUCCAAGGCCUCUGCGUUGCCGUAUUUUUCUGCUUCUGUAACGGAGAGGUGAUAGCGCAGUUCAAACGGAAAUGGGAAGGUACGAUGCUGCUAAGGAAACGAGCGAAUUCCUGCACGGCCACUACUGUCUCGGUCCGAUGGCGGGAGAGGAGAAGGUGUGACUAUCAAUCCGCGAUGUCGGUUGAACCGGAUAAAUAUGAAGAAGAUGAUCGUCAACGACAAAGCGUUAUGCAAUUGGUCGCUCAUCGUGAAAGUAAUAUAGCCAACAACAACAGCCACGCUAAUGUUUUAUUAAAACGUACGGAAAAUAUCAACGAGCCUGACCAGACACAAUGUUGAUAAUUAUUAAAAAAAUAUUAUAAUCGAUCGUAAUCUUAAAGCGUUUACGUAAACGCUUAUGUUAAAACGUAAUAACGUUUAUUUAGAUCUAUUUCGACUUCUUCUUAUUUGCCAAAUAACUAAUGAAUGAAUGAAUCAAUGGAUGAAUGAAUCAAUCAAUGAAUCAAUGAAUGAAUGGAAUGAAUGAAUCAAUGAAUCAAUCAAUGAAUGAAAGAUA